AUGUCUGGCAAGAAACCUAGUGUUGCCCCCAUUAAUUACUACCCGCACAGAUUCCUAACAAAUUCAGGAAAAUGUUCCACGUUGGAGAAACUAGAUCUGUUUAUCGUUGUGAAGUCUGCCAUGGGGAAUUUCGAUCAGAGAACAGCUGUGCGACAAACGUACGGACAGGAGAAUCUCGUGCCAGGGAGAAUUAUCAAAAUGCUGUUCUUUCUUGGAGUAGACGCUCCCCCAAAGUCAGACACUCAGAAAAGAAUCGACGAGGAAAUGGCUCAGUACAAGGAUAUAAUUCAAAUAGAUUUCCUCGACAAUUAUUACAAUAAUACAAUAAAAACUGUGAUGUCCUUCCGUUGGUUGUACGAGCACUGCCCCAUUGCAGACUUUUAUCUGUUCACCGAUGACGACAUGUACAUAUCCGUCACGAACCUUCUGGACUACGUUCACGACCUUACAGCGAGUGUGCGAGAAAGAAACAAGACUGAGAAAGCGCAAGACGUCAAUAUAUUCUCCGGUUACGUCUUCAAGUCCGCGCCACAGAGGUUCCGCUCGAGUAAAUGGCGGGUGUCGCUUGAUGAGUACCCGUGGAACAAAUGGCCGCCGUACGUUACUGCCGGUGCGUACGUUGUUUCCAAUAAGUCGAUGAAAAUGCUCUACGUGGGCAGUUUGUUCGUGAAACACUUUCGCUUCGACGAUGUUUACCUGGGUAUUGUAGCCAAGAAGGUCGGGAUGGAACUGACUCACUGCCCUAGAUUCCAUUUCUAUAAGAAAAACUACAGUAAAAUAGGAUAUCGCAAUGUUAUAGCGUCACACGGUUAUGGAGAUCGCAGCGAACUUAUUUCGGUGUGGAAUGAGCAAAAUAGUGUUGCGUGA